AUGGUGAGUGACGACUGCAUCAUCUGUUCUGGUUUUAUCAUUUUAAAUUUUAUAAAUCAAUAUGUUGGCGAAACACCUCACACUGCUCUUUAUUAUUUCCCAGCUGUUACAUACGGUAACAUUACAUACGGUGCUGAUUUAGCUAUUGCUAAUGACAAGGAACAACACACAAAUGUGUUUCUUAAACCACCGAAACCCUGGGGAGACGUGUAUAAGCAGUAUGGCUGGGAUCCUGGGUCCAGUAAUAUUAAGGCCAUUGAAGCUAAAGUUAUUGGUGUUGACUCAAAACCGGUUGCUGUUGGUAGUGCCGAGUACGUCAAUAGUCACAAUAGCUUAGACGUAACUUACAGCACAAGUGUAACGCAGCAAGAUGACGAGACUGUCGAACACACCUGGAGUACAGGGGGAGAAAAUAAUAUUGAACAAGAAAUCAAAUAUGAAGUAAACUUUGGUGUAGGGACUGUAGGAGUUGGUACUGAUUUGUCUUACCCUGGGUCUUGGGGUAUAACACGAAGUCUAGAACCGUACCCAUUGGAACUACUUCAACUAUACUGA